CAAUUAUGGUACCUCUCGUCGCAGAAGAGAGAGAAAGUAAGAGAGAGAAAGAGAGAGAGAUAAAGGGGGGGUACCGGAAGAGGAGUUGCGUACCAACAAGACGCGCGCAAAGCGGUUUCCGGGGCUUUGUCGAACGGCGUUUGCUUCCCCCCCCUCCACGUUGAUUCCUUCGUCGGAGCAGCCAGCAAGCUCUUAGUGAGAGGAAGAGGGUCUCCGAGCUCGUAACGGUUGCAGGAGUGGGAGACGAGAGACAAGAGGAGGUAGAGUCCGGCGGUUUUUGCGUUACGGGUCAUUGAUUGUCGCUUUUCGGAGCUUGACGGUUCAUCUUCCGAGAGAUUACUGCUCCAUUACUGAGUGGAUUUGGUGGUAUAUAAUGGGGCGUUGCCGCCGCGGGUACAGGGGUUGCUAGUUGGGGCUAUUGCGGCGGUCUGGUGGAGCUGUUUUUAAGCCGUUGACUCUGGGGGUAGGCUUCAAUGAUGGCGAAUCGAGCUGAAGGUCCUGCGGAGGACGAUCUGUAUGCGGAGCUAUGGAAGGCCUGCGCGGGUCCACUGGUUGACGUUCCUCGCCAAGGAGAGAGGGUCUACUACUUCCCCCAAGGUCACAUGGAGCAAUUGGAGGCUUCAACAAAUCAGGAACUCAAUCAGAGCCUUCCUCUCUUUGGCCUUCCCUCCAAAAUUCUUUGUCAUGUUAUGCACGUUCAGCUGCUGGCCGAGCAAGAAACGGAUGAGGUAUAUGCCCAAAUUACUCUUAUUCCUGACUCAGAGCAAGUUGAACCUACAAGUCCUGAUGAAUGUCUUCCCGAGACUCCCAGACCGAAAAUUCACUCCUUUUGCAAGGUUUUGACCGCGUCUGACACUAGUACUCAUGGUGGAUUUUCCGUUCUCAGGAAACAUGCAACUGAAUGUCUUCCUCCGCUGGACAUGACCCAAGCAACCCCGACUCAAGAGUUGGCUGCAAAAGAUCUUCAUGGUUAUGAAUGGAAAUUCAAGCAUAUAUACAGAGGUCAGCCGCGAAGGCAUCUGCUUACUACAGGAUGGAGUACAUUUGUCACUUCCAAGAGAUUGAUUGCUGGUGAUUCCUUUGUAUUCCUCAGGGGAGAAAAUGGAGAGUUACGAGUUGGGGUGAGGCGCCUUGCUCGUCAGCAGGGCUCCAUGCCUUCAUCAGUGAUAUCAAGCCAGAGCAUGCACCUCGGAGUUCUUGCAACUGCCUCACAUUCUGUUAAAACUCAAACCCUUUUCGUUGUAUACUAUAAGCCGAGGACGAGUCAGUUCAUCAUUAGCUUGAACAAGUAUAUAGAGGCUAUUAAAAACAGCUUUACAGUUGGCAUGAGAUUCAAGAUGAGAUUUGAGGGCGAGGAUUCCCCUGAGAGAAGAUUUUCUGGUACGAUAAUAGGGGUGGAAGAUCUUUCUCCUCAUUGGGUUGAUUCAAGAUGGCGGUCUCUGAAAGUUCAAUGGGAUGAACAUGCGUCAAUCCCCAGACCAGAUAGAGUUUCUCCUUGGGAAAUUGAACACUUUGUACCCUCUGUACCUGCCAGCUUAACUCAACCGACAGAAUCGAAGAACAAGAGGCCUCGACCACCCUCUGAAGUUCCACCCCUGGAUACUACAACUACACCGGCCCUCUGGAAUUCUGGUUUGAGACAUUCCAGUGAUGAGGAGAAGAGAACUGAGAAUUAUUUCAUGUGGAAUCACAAGCAGCAGAUGGAUAUUAAUGUAAAUAGCAACUCUCCUGUGACAAGGGUGCAAACUGAGGGGCCCUGGCUUUCUUCUCCCCGCUUUAGUGUUUCUCAGCGCUUGUCCCAGGACAUGUCUGAGGAUAGCAAAUCUGCCACUGCUCGUUCUGUCAUCUCGGGCUACCCAGCAACUCAACCCAGUAAGUUGCAUAAUGGACAGUUGCCAAGCCCUGUUGAAGAAGGGAAAAAAGUUGUAGAGAGAACUACUAGCUGCAGAUUGUUUGGUAUAGAACUGAUUAGUCACUCCACAAGCUUGCCACUGGUAGAAAAGCCACCUGUACAACUCUCUGUUUCUAGUGGAACCACUGAGGGACAUGUCCAUAGCAUCUCUUCAGCUGCAGAGUCUGACCCAAAGUCCGAUUUUCCUAAGGGUUCCAAAGAAAAUAAAAAAGUGCAGCUACCGAUCCUGGGAAAGGAUCCUCAAGCAAAGCAAACUUCUGCAUCUAUGAGAAGUCGCACGAAGGUUCAAAUGCAAGGGAUUGCUGUUGGUCGUGCGGUGGACUUGACCACACUUGAAGGGUACAAUCAGCUCAUAGAUGAGCUCGAAGAGAUGUUCGAGAUCAAGGGGCAGCUCCGCCCCCGAAAUAAGUGGGAAAUUGUCUUCACUGAUGAUGAAGGGGAUAUGAUGCUUUUGGGCGACGAUCCAUGGCUGGAAUUCUGUAAUAUGGUGAGGCGAAUUUUCAUAUGUUCGAGCCAGGAUGUAAAGAAGAUGGGCUCCGGGACGAAGCUCCCUGUGUCCCCAGUAGAAGGUGAAGGGACCAUGAUAAGCUCGGACACUGCUGAAAACUGAUCCGACAGGACUCGCCAUUCGGUUUUUUGCUAGUCAUCUUUACUUUUGCGCUGUUAGUUGUCUGUUGUUCUAGGAGGGCAUGUCUGUUUAAAUUUUGUGUCAUCUAUCGAGAAAGGAUUCUCUUCUCAUCAUUAGUUUGACAGAUCAGAGACUUGGAUAUUUUGUAAUAUGAGCUCAUUUUUAAGAGCUAACCUUGUAAACCGGUCGUAGGGUCGUGUUGGCAUUUUAGUUGGGGAAGUCGGGGAGGGCAAGUCGGAACUUAGAAUCUGUGAAUAUUUUGGUUGCUGUCAAGGGUGGGAACGGAAGGGUGUGGGGUUUUAGUUGGUCUCAAUGUAAAUAUGGUUUUUUAUGGACAAUGUAACGACGGUCGUCAGUGAGUGGAAAUUGCAAUGCA